CAUGUAAGGUCAUUUGCGAUAAGAUUGAAGUACCUAUCAAAAUUAAUUCUUAUAUGGUUGCAAUUACAAAUAUUUGUUUAUUGACCAAAGUCCGUUCUUUAAAUAAUUUUAAUUGUUUUUUAGUAUCUUUUGAAAAAUAUGUUGUGUCGCGUAAAAAGACCGAUAGCCAUUUGGCCCAAAACAAUACGAUAAGACUUCAUUAUAAGUAUAAAUUGGCAUUGUAUUUUAACAUCAGUUAUUUAAUGUCAGAAACCACGAUGGAUGACGCCGAGUUAUAUAACAAAUAUCAUAGAAUACAAGCUGAAGAAGCUACUUUUGUAUUAGAAAAUGAUAUAAAAUCAAUUAAAUGGAAAAGUGGUGACUCUAUAUUGGACGUAGGAACUGCUACGGGUGAAGUGACCGCGCAAGUGUUAGCUCCACUACUUCCACACGACUUUGAGAAACUUGUAGGAUUGGAUAUUUCACCGGAGAUGAUAAAUCUGGCAAAGGAACAAAACAAAAAUCCGAAAAUAGAUUUUAUUGUAUGCGAUAUAGCAUCUGAAAAUAUUACGAAAACGAUAGAUGAAAAAUUCGAUCACAUAUUCUCGUUCUUUUGUUUGAACUGGGUUCAAAAUCAAAAACAAACUGUGAAGAAUAUGUACAAUCUGCUGAAGCCAGGCGGUGAUAUGCUAUUGGCUAUAUCUACAAAAUCAACGAUUUUUGAUAUUUAUGAAUCGAUGGCCAGCUACCCGAAAUGGAGCAAAUUUUUGACGAACACCGAGGAAUAUAUAUCGCCAUAUAACCAUUGCACUGAUCCUGAAACUGUUUAUAAAAACAUGCUUUUAGAUGAAGGUUUCGAGGUAAAACAUUGUCGAGUACUGCAGAGAUUUAUGAUAUUCUCCGAUUUAUCAGAACUGAGAAAUACACUUCUAGCGGUAAAUCCAUUUGUUAAUAAAUUACCGGAAGAUUUGCAAUCCACCUACGUCGAAGAUUAUAUGAAAGAAUUGUACAAUUUUAACUAUUUCCAACGUUUGGAAAGUGGUGAAAUAGUAUUAAAGAUACCUCAUAGAAUAUGCACAGUUCUGGCUUUUAAACCAUAAUAUGU